GGCAGGCUCGCGAUGGUCUCACAAUCUCUAGACCCCUCGUUCCCACCCCCGGUGCUAAACACAGUAGAAACGCACAGACCAAACAGUAGAGGCGACUCAGAUUGCCCAACUAGCAUCGGCGUGGUUUGGAUGUCACCAGGGCUGGAAGGCCCGAGAUUGCUAUGUCUAGCGAAUCAACGAGUGCAAGGAAUGCGGACUCGCCGUCUUGCGCACGCAAUACGGCCAGCACUUCCUACACUUUGCGUAAAGCUCGCUUGAAGUGCUCGAUAAGGGUGGGCCCGCUGCCCUGGGAAGGAUUGUAUCGAGUGACGAGCCAUGGCAUCAAGCAAGCAUUCGCACUGGGUUGGUCAUGGGGUUUGUCUCCGCAAAGCGCUCCAGACUCGUCGCCGCUGUUGCUCUCAACCCUCUCUGGGAUUUCUCCAUCGCUCUCAACUAAGUCGCAAACAAGCUUUUACUGCUGUUUCCGUCUGAUGUGGGGCAUGCGACACUGGCAGUCGGGCUACAAAACGUCCAUUGUUAUUCGCUCCACGUGCGAUUUGACAUUUAAACAAGCCUUGAUGCAAAGAGCCAUCGGCGCGCUAGGCGUUCUGGGCAAAAGACAAUCAUCUGGUCCACUAAGACAACCGUCCUAUCGCCGGCCAACGGGACAAUGACUGCAUCGGCUGGUCCUUGAUAAGGAAUCCUUCUGGAACGAUUGAUUCUUAGCGCGCCACCACACGGCAGCCGUCAUAGCUCGCGAGCGCGCAAUCGG